AUGGCUGCAACUACCAAUUAUCCUCAACGCCAAUUGGGCAGAAAUGGCCCUACCGUCGCCAAACUUGGCUUCGGAACCAUGGGUAUCGGAGCGUUCUACGGUCAAACAACCGCAAGUGAAGAGACUAUUUUGAAGGCAUUGACCUAUGCCGCAGAUAGAGGCUUAACUUUCUGGGACACGGCUGAUAUCUAUGGCAACUCUGAAGCCACGCUUGGAAAGUGGUUCGAGACGACGAACAGACGCAAGGACAUCUUUUUGGCCACUAAAUUUGGCUCCUUCAACCUCGCCAGCACUCCCGACACGUUUGUGUACAGACUUUUUGCCUUCCUUCGCUCGCUUUCUGAGCUGAAGACCGACUACGUCGACCUAUACUACCAACAUCGUGUCGACCCCAAAGUCCCCAUUGAAGUUGUCCUGGAAACCCUCCGCGAGUUUGUGGAGGCGGGAAAGAUAAAAUAUCUUGGUCUGAGCGAGAGCAGCAUCGAGACGCUGAAAAGAGCCAAGAAUGUUAAGGGUCUUGGCGAGAAGGUCAUCGCCGUCCAGAUGGAAUACUCUCCAUUCACAUUGGACAUAGAAUUACCGUGCAAGAGCUUUGCGCAGGAGGCCGAAGAUCUAGGCAUUUCCGUCAUCGCCUACAGCCCUCUUGCCCGUGGUUUGAUAACCGGCCGGUAUCGCUCUCGAGCCGAUUUUGAUCAGGAUGACUUCCGAUUGAUUCUCCCUCGCUGGUCGGAAGAGAACUUCCCUAAGAACCUCGAGGUCGUAGACAAGCUAAAGCAAAUUGCUCAAAAAUACAGUGCUACGCCGUCCCAAGUCACUCUUGCCUGGAUCCUUGCGGAACACCCCACUUGGAUCCCCAUUCCAGGAAGCCGCACCAUUGAGCGCAUCGAAGAAAACGCCCGUGGCGCUGAAAUCGAGCUUUCCGUUGAAGCUAUCAAGGAGAUUCGCGAACUGGUCGAUAAGGCUGAAGUUGCUGGUUCCAGAAACCCUGCUCUUGAUUGGCUCUUGGCUGGUGUGGAGGGCAACUCUCUCCCGCUUGCGGAGUGGAAGGGCGAGCAGAGCACUUAA